GCGCGCCGCGGAGAUAAAUUCGGGGGACACCUCGGCUCGUCCCCCGCUCUCUCUCCCCCCUGAGGACUGACAGACUGAGGUGCCUUCACAAACGUGACGACUAAGACCAUAUCAGACAAAAUGGUGAAGAUUGGAAUCAAUGGAUUUGGACGUAUCGGCCGUCUGGUGACCCGCGCCGCCGCCACUGGAGGCAAGGUGGAGGUCGUGGCCAUCAACGACCCCUUCAUCGAUCUGGAGUACAUGGUCUACAUGUUCAAGUACGACUCCACCCACGGAGUGUGGAAGCACGGAGAGGUGAAGGCAGACGGCGGCAAGCUGGUCAUCGGCAACAUGAGCAUCAUGGUCUUCCACGAGAGGGACCCCGCCAACAUCAAGUGGAGCGAUGCUGGGGCUGACUAUGUUGUGGAGUCCACCGGUGUGUUCACCACCAUCGAAAAAGCAUCUGCUCACCUGGCCGGCGGUGCUAAGAGGGUGGUGAUCUCCGCUCCCAGUGCCGACGCUCCCAUGUUCGUCAUGGGCGUCAACCACGAGAAGUACGAUAACUCCAUGAAGGUUGUCAGCAACGCCUCCUGCACAACCAACUGCCUGGCUCCCGUCGCCAAGGUCAUCCACGAUAACUUCGGCAUCGUUGAGGGUCUCAUGAGCACAGUCCACGCCAUCACGGCCACACAGAAAACCGUAGACGGCCCCUCCGGUAAGCUGUGGAGGGACGGGCGCGGCGCCUCUCAGAACAUCAUCCCCGCCUCCACCGGGGCCGCCAAGGCCGUGGGCAAGGUCAUCCCCGACCUCAACGGCAAAAUCACCGGUAUGGCUUUCCGUGUCCCCACCCCCAACGUCUCCGUCGUUGAUCUGACUGUCCGUCUGGAGAAGCCCGCCAAGUACGACGACAUCAAGAAGGUGAUGAAGGCCGCUGCUGAGGGACCCAUGAAGGGAAUUCUGGGAUACACAGAGGACCAGGUUGUGUCCACAGACUUCAACGGCGACACUCGUUCCUCCAUCUUUGAUGCUGGCGCCGGCAUUGCACUGAAUGAGCACUUUGUUAAGCUGGUUUCAUGGUACGACAAUGAGUUUGCAUACAGCAGCCGUGUGUGUGACCUGGUCCUGCACAUGUUCUCCAAGGAGUAAAGUCCUGUCAGGAGUCACGACUCGUAGUUUCCUUCCCAUGAUUCCCUCAUGCUUCACCUAUGCAGUACCUGGAUGUUGUGUCACCUGCCCAAGGAGCAAACAUCUUCCUCAACAAACGUCUAGAUGAUAAUAUAAAUAAUAAUAUUCAUAGAUUUUUAUAUGAUAAAGUUGCCUCUGCUCUGUCCAGCAGUGAAGUCUGCACUAAGCAGUGUUUGUGGAGAGGAUUUUCCAUCACUGAACUGUAUUGUACUGAAUGGUCUUGUUGCACUUGACACGAUAAUAAAGUCCUCAGUUUGUGAAAGA